AUGGGAGCAUUAGCACACCCAAUACAAAAGAGAGUUUUAUGUAUGAAUAAGGUUGAUUUAGUUGAGAAGAAGAAAGAUUUGUUAACGGUUGCCGAGCAAUUCAAAGAUCUUCCUGGGUAUGAAAGGCAUUUCAUGAUUUCCGGUCUAAAGGGAUCUGGAGUGAAAGAUCUUACUCAAUACUUGAUGGAUCAGGCAUGUGUACUUUUUAGUAAUGCCUUCAUUGCGAUAAUUUCCUAUGGAACGUAA